CUGGGGUUCUCCUCAGACUGAGCCGGGGACCGGAAGUGUAACAUCAGGGGCGUCUCCGGCAAGGAGGUGGAGGAGGGGAGGCUGAUGCUGCCUUUCCGGCCCCUUCAGAAACUCCUUAGUUGGACCAUGAAUCGCCAUGAAGAGGAACUGCGAACCGCUGGGAAGCGGGUGCUGGUGGCAGGACUGGGCAAUCACGGCCUGUGUGGCACCCGCCAUAGUGUGGGCAUGGCUGUCCUUAAUCACCUGGCUACCAAGCUGAGCGUGGCUGACCAGUGGAGAAAGGACAAGCGUUGCUGUGCGGAUGUGGCAUUCACCAGCCUGGGAGAGGUGGAGUUGGUGCUGAUGAAACCCCGUAGCUUCAUGAACAUCAACGGCCAUUGCGUAGUCAGUGUUGCGGAGAUGUUCAACCUGAGCGCUGAAGAUAUUUACCUAGUUCACGAUGACCUGGACAAGUCCUUGGGAAAGGUCGCCCUGAAGCUGGGAGGCAGCGCAAGAGGUCAUAACGGAGUCCGUUCCUGCAUCAAGUCCCUGAGAUCUGAUCGUAUGGUCCGACUCAGGAUAGGGAUCGGCCGGCCAGUAGGAGAAGCUGCUGUGGAGCACUACGUGUUGGGCAGGUUCACCAGAGCUGAGCAGGAGAUCUUACCGCAAGUCUUUGAGCAGGCAGUCACAAUGUUGCUGGGACACAUCCAACAGAGGAAGAGCAGCCCAGGGGCCCCGGUCACUUCUGGGGCACCAGCCAAGACACCUCUUGGGAUGGAGGGCGCAUAGCAAUCAUGAAUGCUUUGGGUGUUUGUGAGCCGGUGUUCCCAGAAAGAAAGAAUUUGGGGGCUUCUGAUUGCCAGGAUGGGCCAGAACCUGUGACCUAUUAACACAUCUGAACCCAGAAUUACUUGGGAGUGGGAUGGGCAGGCAUUGCCCAAGAUUGCUAAAGGGAACUGGGAGGGGGAAGGCAAACCACCAGGACCAAGCAAAUGGAUGUUAUCAGAGAAACAGCGAGUCUAAGGCUAUGGAUAUUCCAUGUUUAUGUGAUCUUACCAUGCAUUGCCUUGCUACCUGAAGUACCCCCCCCCCAGAAUCACAGCUUUCAGGGGGGAAACAAUCCUUCUAGCCCUCAUGAAAGCCGGGCUUCGAAUUAUGUGGGCAGCAAGCACCUAGUUGUCACUACGACUUCGCCUUCGGUAAAGCUGGAGUUGGAGGGUGGGGGCUUCAGUGCUUUUCUUUGUACCUUGCCCCUCCAUGAUGGGAGAACAAAUAGUGCAAAAUAAGAAAAUGUAUGUUUAAUUUGCAUAAUUUCUUCUUUUAUCUCUCCUCCCCCCCCCUUAGAACAUUGAGUCAGGGUGUGAUUUACCAGUUUUAUCACUGGAGUGGCCUGCUUACCACUCUGAGUAAUGGGGUGGAGGUCCAAAGUUCGCUUUCUCUCGCCUAUGCCUUUCAGCUGCCUCAGAGCAAGUUCCCACUCAGAAAAGCCCAGAUAUUAACCCUUCUUUUGAGUUACAUAGCUGGCUGAGGGCUCCACCUAGGACAGGGCCGGGAACCCUCAGUCCCAAAAGCCUCUUGGGCCUCUUUAUCUGUCCCUUGAACCUCUCUGCAGACCACUCUCUCUUCCCCCAAGCUUCACCACCCUUGCUGUGUUUUUGCCUGGCUGGAAUGUGCCCUUGAACCUGUGGCAAUGCUUCUUUCUUGUCUAGGCUGUGGGUAGAGUCAUAGGCAAUGUCUUCCCAUGUCUUUGCUGGGUAAGUCAAGCGCAGACAGCAAAACAGGUUAGUGUGUAGAAUAGGAAUUGUUGACUCGGGCCCAAACUGGGUCCAGAUAUUGCUGGACACCCAAUUCCCAUCUUCCCUGACCACUGGCUGCCACCGGAGACACCUCACUGGUUUCCUGUGAGGAUAAGACAGGGCGCGUAAUUUCUUGUCCCAGAUCUCCAAGCCUAGUAAUUCCCAAGCUGUGUAGCAUGAGAGAAAGUGGGUAUCUUGCGGGGUACCAUGAAGAAAACGUGAAUGGAAUAAUUUUUAAAGCUUUUUGUGAGCUUCCAAUGUGCUCACCCGUAGACGAGGCUCCCUGAUAAUGCCCAAAACAGGAGGGGGGGUUCAAAAGAGUCCGCCCCUCUUUUCUUUGGGGGUAGCCUUUAUGGCCAAAGAGUAGCAGGUGGGGUGUUACUUGUUUUUAAAUGCUUUGUAUAUAGAAAUAAAACAGUUUCCUCACACCUCUAAAGAGCAAACCUUGAGUAUAAGGGUUGAAUUGUGUGUCUUCCACUUUAAUUCAGAAAGGAAGGUGGGAGCAUAUAUCCGCUACCAGAAAGGCCAGGGGCCUCCUAUCCUAUCAGGAUCCCACUUUUGCAAAGACCUGUUGUCAUGCAGGAGCAGUGUGGUGGCCUUGCCCUAGGAAAUUCACCCAGCCUCGGAACUUGGUUGGGUUAGGGGGCCACUUGUGCCUCCUGCUUUGUUUGCCUUCCGUCUCUGACUCAGAACAGCUCAGUGGCUCUGUAACUUUCCUCAGACCAUUCUGCACUGACCUACUGGGAUAUAAAAGUCCUCAGAAUUCCACCCUGAGUAUUGUUAUCUCUUUGAGGGAUAGGUGCUGAUGCAAAAUGAGAAUACUGGAUAAAAGGGUUGCUUCUCCAUCCACUAUUCCUCAGUUGGUUGCUGUGUAGCCAGUUUCUCGCAGACAGCUUUCUCUUGUGGCUUGGACUCUUCCUCUUUCGCCUCUGUUCUCCACGCUGUUAUUAAAGGCUAUGGGGAAAAGGCCAGGUGUUCAGGCUAGGGAUGUUAAAUCCACACCCCUCACAAUUUCACAGGUGAAAACACGGAUAAAUGUACUCAUAAAAACAGGACCAGCCCAAUACAUUUCAGCUCCUGAGGCAGAGGAGAAGGGUAGUUCUCCACAAAGCGAUCGGAAAGAAUAGCUCCUGGACACCUUUAUUUAUUAGGCUCAUUUAUAUACAUUUAUAGAAAAUUCGAGAAUGGUUUGGAAUUUUUGUUGUUUUUUAAAAAAAAGAAAAGAAAAAAGGUGGGAAUCUGGGCCAGCCUACCCUACUUCAUUGGGUUGUUGUGAGGAUAAAAACUACAAGCCCCCCGAGUUCCUUGGAAAGGGUAUAAAAGGUGGGAUAGAAAAGUAGAAAUGAAUGAAAAUAAAACAAACACUAGGCUAUGUGUGGCCCAUACAGCUCUCUCACCCCAACAGAAGGGAAUGGCUUGUUAGGUCACAUCCGUACCAUUCAUUUUUAAAGCAGUAUUAUACCACUUCAACAGUCGUGGCUUCUCCCCAAAGCAUCCUGGAUACUAGUUGUUAAGGGUGCCGAGAUUUGUUAAGGAAGAGAACCAUAACACAUGGAGGCUCCCAGGAAUCUUUGGGGCAGCCAUGACAGUUUAUUUGUUUACUAUUAAAUCCCACCUUUUAUCCAAAGAGUUCAAGCUGGCAUACACACUUCUCCCUGUCAGUUUUAUCCUCGCAACUACCCUGGCUGAGAGACCGGUGGCAGCAAAUUCCAUGGAUGUCAGGCAUUAUUGCUCCAGCCUUCAUUCCUGCAAGUUGCUUCCUGGAAGCCAUGCUGUUGCCUAGGUUUUGGUUAUUGCUUCCCACCUGGGAGCCAAUAAGCCUGAUUCCCCACUCACCUCUGUGGCACUGGAGUAAGGCCGGACUGUAUCCUCACGGAUCUGGGAGACGUUGCUCAGAGACGGCAUACUGUGGACAACAUGAUUCCCUUUGAUCUUGGCAACAUUUGUGUGUGACGUGAAGCGGGCAGGCUUGGUAGCAGAGAGGCUGCGAAACAGAUAUCUACAGUUCUACACCAGUUUGCAAAUUUGCUUAUUUAUUUUGCAAAACAUUCCUGUGGAAAUUCAGCAGCAUUUUCCUGCCAAUUUCCCCUAACACUCAACAUUUCUACAUGCUAUUUUGCCUAACCCACACAUUUUCCCAGAAUGCUGCUGUCUAAUGUUCAUUUUGUGCAUAUACAGCUAAUGUAUAUGCUGUUUCUACGCACGCUUUGCUCUCUUGAACAUGUAUUUUUGGCUGGAUAACUACACUGCAGAAUUGAAAGAAGCCUGAAUUUUGAAGAGUGGUGGCUGGGUUUCGGUUCAUGCAUUGUUUCAGAAAGUGCAAGUUUCAAGGUUGUUCUGAGGCAGCAAUGGAGCCCAUCUAGGCUUGUAGAAACAAAACCCAUGUGCUGGAAGAAGUGUGGCGAUGUGACCUCCUUUUUCCAUACAUGAUGGGGGUACACAGUAGCACGAGAGUUCUGGGAUAAGACAUUUGAAUCACCCGUACAUCUUUGGAGCCUUUGCACUCCUCACUAGACAUUAACAUGCAUAAGGAGCCAAUCUGCAUUUUAUUAACAGCAGCCAGGCUUGUAACGUUUGGGAAGUGGCAAUUUCAGAUCAAGGCAUUGAAUAUAGAAUUUUGGCAACCUGUGGCUCCCCACCUUUUUUUGCAUGCGCUAAUAAAGGAGAGAGACCUUUUCAUCCUCUUUCAUCUCAGGAACGCCUGUGGAUACGAUUAUGUACAGGUGAAACUUGGAAAAUUAGAAUCUCGUCGAAAAGUGCUUUUAUUUCAGUAACGCAACUUAAAAGGUGAAACCAAUAUAUGAGAUACAUGCAUGAUGACAUGCAAAGCAAGGUAUGUCAAGCCUUUAUUUCUUGUCAUUGUAAUUAUUUGUCGUUAGGCGGGUCAAUUAUAAAUGGAAUGUAAUUAAUGAAAUGUAAUAGCGAUGUUUGUUUUUGUUGAUUCGUGUAUUAUUGUAACUAUUUGUUUUAUUACUGUGGAAUUUCCAGAAGAAAGCAUUUGUCAAAAUUAAAAGG